GAGUUUUCUUACAUGUGUAGUAAAUAGAUUGGAGUGUGGCAGUUUGGUUGCAUUUAAAACUUCCAUCUGCCACCUUUCAUUAUUUUAUUUUUCUAUUACUAAUACUACGUAGUUUUUUUAUAUAUGAACUCUAGAAAAGCUACACACUCACACACAUUGAAGCUCAAUCAUAGCAAUCAAAAGAAAGAAAAUGCUUCCCAAGGAGACUAAGUUUCCCAACCCCCUGAAUCAAAGAUAUGUGAAACUAGUUUCCCGUUGUUUUGGGAGCUACAUCCUCAUAUUCAUAAUCCUUGUACCCACGCUACUCCCGGUCUUCAAGCAAGCCAUACAUCGGAUUGGCUCUUAUCAUGACCUCCUCAAGCAAUUCCCCUUCGCCGCUUCUUUCCCACUUGCCAUCCCCGCACUUCUCCUACUAGUCUAUGCCGCCGCUCUGUACGUAAUGUCCCGCCCUUGCAGCGUCUACCUGGUCGACUACGCAUGUUUCAAGCCACCGUCCAUGUACCGGGUCCCUUUCUCCCGUGCAUCUGAGCACGGGACACUCAUGAUGCCCGACAACCCCAAGGGCAUGCGCUUCACGAUGAAAAUCUUUGAGCGCUCCGGCCUCGGGGAGGAGACUUGUCUUCCCCCUGCGAUGCACUACAUCCCACCUGCUAUCACGAUGGACGUUGCUAGGGAAGAGGCGAAGAUGGUGAUUUUCCCCGCAAUGGACGACCUUCUAGCUAAGACUCAGCUCAACCCUAAAGACAUCGACAUCCUCAUCGUCAACUGCAGCUUGUUUUCCCCAACCCCUUCCAUGUCAACCAUGCUGGUCAAUAAAUACAAGCUGAGGUGUAACGUCAAGACGUUCCACCUCUCCGGUAUGGGCUGCAGCGCCGGGCUCAUAUCCUUAGAUUUAGCCCGGGACUUGCUCGAGACGUACCCCAACUCGAAUGCAGUCGUCGUCAGCACGGAGAUUCUGUCCCCCAACUCAUACACAGGGAAGGAGAGAUCGAUGCUCCUCCCGAACUGCUUGUUCAGAAUGGGAGGAGCGGCGGUCCUGUUGUCGAACAAGAGGUCGGACCGUGGGAGAGCCAAGUACAGGCUCAUGCACGUGGUCCGGACGCAUAUGGGACACAAGGACGACUCCUACAAAUGCGUGUUCCAGCAAGAGGAUCCGGAAGGGAUCAUCGGGAUAAACUUGUGCAUAAACCUCAUGGAAGUGGCGGGAGAGGCAUUGAAGUCGAAUAUAACCACCAUCGGGCCCCUUGUUCUCCCGGCGUCGGAGCAGAUCAUGUUCGUCAUCUCUUUCAUCGCCCGCAAGCUGUACAGGUCAUCAUCAACAAAAGCAUCGAAGCCGUACGUGCCGGACUUCAAGAAGGCGUUCGAGCACUUCUGCAUCCACGCGGGGGGGCGGGCGGUCAUAGACGAGCUCCAGAAGAGACUGAGCCUGUCGGGGGAGGACGUGGAGGCGUCGAGGAUGACGCUGCACAGGUUCGGGAACACGUCAUCUUCGUCGCUGUGGUACGAGAUGAGCUACAUUGAGGCGAAGGGGAGGAUGAAGAGAGGGGACAGGGUGUGGCAGAUUGGGUUCGGGAGUGGGUUCAAGUGUAACAGCGCCGUCUGGAAGUGCAACAGGACCAUUAACUCCCCCCUGCCCGACAGUCCCUGGGCCGACUCCAUUCAUCAAUACCCUGUUUUCAUUCCUGAAGUCGUCAAGCUCUAAUUUUCCCCCUUAAUUAUUCAAACCUCUCAUCUUUCUUCCUCGUCCCCUAAAUUAAAUAAGUGAAACACGCCUCCGGGAUUUAUAUUUAUAUAUUUACACAUAUAUAUGUGUGGUUUAAUUAACGUAAUUAGUAGUUACCUUAGGUUUUUUUUCCUUUCUAAAAUAGACGGAGUAUUUGAAAUCUGUUCGCGUUUUGUAUUGGUUCCAAUCAGUGCAUACCAGCUGCUUUCCUCUUCAACAUUGUAUUCUACUGGGUA